UAUGAACAGAUAUUUUUGUCUUAUUUUUUUUACCGCUAAAAUUAAUCGAGUACGAAACUGUGGCUAUUUACAAACUCAUGUAUAGAGGUUAGGAAGACCUUAUUUUGCGUGGGUGGGGAACGAAAUUCAAAAGUGUUGCUGUUAUUUCUGUGACUUUGUUUAUUAUUUGAGUUUGCAAUCACUUUUUCUUUGGAAUUAUUGGCUGACAUAGGACACAAUAUUGAGUACGGAUGAUAUGCGCAUUACAUUUGGAAAGCGACAACUCCCUACGGAAUCUUUUCUCAUCCUAAAAACAAGACCAGGGGGAAAGGAUAGUUAGAAACAGACUAAAUCUAAUCAAAAAUGCAUUGUGCCAAAGUUAACUGUAAUAUGAAGAUGUAUUUUAUGGUAGUUUUGGAUAGGAUAUAAAUCUGGAUCAAUAAAAUUAUAUGAUUUGAUUGAACAUAGCACUGAAAGUUACUCAAAUUUACAAAGAUGAAAAAUCGAUGAAAAAAAGACACCAUGAGAAGUCUUAAUGAUGGUGAUAUGACGAUUACAAAUCCUCUCCCUCCUCAGAAUUUGAACACUAACAUGAUUGGGCAAUUGGGUACAAAUGUUGGGGAGGAGCCAAGGAGAAUACUCGUCAAACAGGAAGCUGUGGAUGAGGAGGAUGGCUCAGUCAAUAAAAGGAGAUUUUUACGUCCUGAGGUUCCAGAUUUACCGAAGCAACAUAGUGAUCCAUGUGGUCGUGUGUCAAAAGAAGGGAAAUAUGAAUCUGAUUCAGAAAAGUUCUUUGCAUAUAAUAGAAAUUAUGAAUAUGAUAGAGCUUUUAGGGAACAAAGAUCUGUUGUAGAAAGGUAUAAUGUUGAAACUCUUCAGUACCAAAGUUCAUUUGAGCAUCGAUCUGUUAUACGAAUGCCUUAUAAUCAAAGUGCACCUAACCUUUUAUAUGAUAAACAAGAGGAUUCGGAAAUGACCGGAAACUUAUUUACACCUACGACAUUCAGAGAUUCUGGAUAUCUUGGCAAUUAUCACCUUGCUAAACAAAAAGAGGCAAAACAAUCAUAUUUAUCAGUUUCUCCAAGAAGUUUAGGAAGAGAAGCAUUUAGAUCAGCUCGUCUUCCUAAAAGUGAUGAUAGCAUAACAUCAAAAGGCCAUUCCGAUUUUAGUGGAUCAGAAGACGGUUACAGUAGUCGAGAACCAUCGCCAUAUUCAAAGGACAUCAGGUCACCAUCUCCGCACAUCACAAAAACUUCAUCAACGGAGAGUAAUGAGAUUAAAAAAAUUCACCAAAUUACAAGCAUUGUGAUAACUAGUGAUGAUGAUGUUGUGACAACAGUUAAAAGUGAUAUUGACACUAUGACGGGCCACGAGGAAGGAACGGAGGGGUUGUUGUCCUAUAAACGGGCAUUAUUUCCAGGAAAUUUCAAGAAAAAUCUUCAACAUCGAUACUUUAGUAGUCAGAAACGAAGUGGCUCUUCAUCAUCAGACGCUUCAAGUUUUGAUAAGGCAGAAUCUGCUCGUUCUCUUUCAAACUCACCCUCUCAGGAACGUAGUUUUGAGGAAUUACCAAGCCAUUCACCAAGUAAGUCAAAAUCUUUAGACACUGAAUCCACAUCCACUAACACAACAGAGGAGAGUGAUGUUUUUAUGGAGUCUGCAUCAAAAGUUCAAGCACAAAAACGUUCACCUCAAGGUUCUCCAGACUUUUCACAGAUGUCAUUCACACAGCAAGGGCAUCCUCCUACUCAAAAUUAUUUUGGGUCGGAACUUUCACAGAAUAAAGAACAAGUACAUCUUGUUCCUAGUCAUCCUUCUCAGAAAUAUUUUGGGUCGGAAAUGGUGAUAGGGACUAAAGAACAGGAAAUUUAUGGACCUCAAAACACAAAACCACAAUUUCCUUAUCUACAUCACCAUUCACCAGGAUUUCCGUCACCACAUUUCCUGUCGUCUGCAAACCCAUCACCAUUGUGCUCUGUUCCAGAAGGAGGCCAUAUUUUCAACUUCAAUAUGUCAAACCCAUUUGAGGGUUUUCAUUCAGAUGCAGAGAUUCCUUCACCUAGUCCUGGCAUGUCACCUGGGAUUCAUUUUGCAUUUCCACCUAGAGCAAUGAUGCUAAACUCCAUGUCAGAACUGAAUCGAUUGGCAGUUUCUCCACGAGGAAUUUAUCCUAGUCAGCCCAUCAGUAUGCCGUUAUCUCAGAUACCGUCCAGUCACCCAAUUUUAGAACAAAAUCGUGAUCAGCGUAGAACUUUGUCUGACUCCGAUGCUUACAUAUGUCCUGUGUGUAAUCAAGUGUUCCCUUCAUACGAUAACUUAGCAAAACACAUGGCAAAACACUUACCGACAGAAACUGUUCGACAAGGGGACAAUAACAAAGUACACUAUUGUAAAGUUUGCAAUAGAUCUUUUUCUCGUAGCGACAUGUUGACUCGCCACAUGAGACUGCACACAGGCAUUAAACCAUAUGAAUGCAGUGACUGUGGACAAGUCUUUAGUCGAAGUGAUCAUUUAAAUACACAUAAACGUACUCAUACUGGUGAAAAGCCGUAUCGAUGUCCUCAGUGUCCGUAUGCGGCUUGCAGACGUGACAUGAUCACCCGUCAUAUGAGAACACAUUAUAAAAGAUCGGCAAAGCGGGGAAAGUUUCUGUCAGUACCAGAGAGAGAAGGAGAUUUACGAAAGAGUUCGGUAUCAAGUACAGAUACUACAGAUUCACAAGAUGUAUCUGGACGAACAUAUUCACAAUCCAGUGUGGAAAGUGUGGAUUAUGACUCAAGUGGAUCUAGGUCCUGCUCCAUAUCAAGAGGUGACAGUGGUGAAAGGAUGCUGUUUCCUUUAUCGCGUGGAGACAGUGGUGAGACGGAAAACAGAGCAGCAAGGCCAUGGUCAAGUACAGAAAGUGCCGUGUUUGAAGAUUCUAGUACUGAUGGACGAUCAGCCAAACUACAUUCUAUUCAGCGUACUUCAGCAAUUCAUCGAGACAUACCUAUACAACGUGACACCCUUAAAGACCCAUUUCUUGGGUACAGAAAAAUGAGAAACUGGUCUACGACAAGUUUUGAAAGUGUUGAUUCAGAAGACUGUAGAUCUCUUAAAGAUUCCUUUGCAGAAGACACAAUAUUUGAAGCAGGAGGGGACUCUGUUACCAUGACAACAUCAAAUGUACAAAUGGUAUCUAGACAGAAUGAGAAAUGGGAAGGACCAUUAAUAGGGGUGGAGAACUUACAAGAAAAAUGUUCUAUAAGUUCUGGGAGUAAAACAGUAGAAGAUUGAUAAUUAGUUUAUUAGGAUUUUAAAUUGUUCAUUUUUGCUGAUCUUUUCAAAGAAGUUACAAAAGGUGUUGCCUCUUAUUAGCAAGUUAAACAGACAUUAAAUAAGGAAAUGACCUUUGCUGACACAUUUUUCUGCAUAUUUGCAUUUAUAAAAAGAUAUUUAUUUAUAAGAUAAGUGUUUAACUUAAGUAGACUUAAGUGUAAAAGGCUGUACUUUGACCUAUAAUGGUUUACUUUUACAAAUUGUGACUUGGAUGGAGAGUUGUCUCACUGGCACUAAUACCACAUCUUCUUAUAUCUAUUUAUCCUUAUUUUUUGUACUUUUUCCUCAGAAAUUAGUAGGACUUUUCCCCCUCAACACAACAGUUUGUUUGAACUUUGAAAAGAUCAGUAAAAUUAGCGGUAGAACAAAUUUUAUACUUUUUCUAAAAGUCUCAGAAAAUGACGCAUUCCUUUAUUAUAUCAACACAAAGAAUUGAUAUUUUUUAAUUAAGAAUUUUUUAUAUUUGUUGUUAUAUUUUAUAUUGUCCAUCAUUAUUCUCAUGUUGUUAUUAUCACUCAACUGUAUGUUAACGGGUAUUAGCCACACCUACUUACAUGUGACUUAUCUUAAAUAUAAGGCAUCUGUAAGACAGACCAGUCUAUAAAAAAGAAAUUCCCCUAUAAAUUUUUUUUUGCUCAAAAAGAAAAAAAAAAUCCUUUCACAUUGAAAAGAAUUUUUAAAAUGUCAUGAAUGAUAAAUUUAGUUUAAUUCAGGGAACCUAUUUUCAUAACAAGGAUGAUCUAAGACCAAGAUUUAAAAAAAAUUAAAUUAGAGGAACAAUUUUACUCUUGACAAGUGCGGUGGUGGCUUGUAUUUCUUUUCAUACGGUAGUGAUAAAUAAUUGUCACGUUAGAUUAAGGUGGGCUCUGAUAUUUGUUUGAAGGAAGAUUCUAUAUUACAAGAUUGCACAAUAUUAUGAUUAUAACUGUAUUUGGAUUUUUUUUCUUCGUUUGAUUCAUUGAGAAACAUCUUUACAAUUCCUUGUGUCGUUUUAAGUUAAAGUUUACUGCAGCUCAAACAAGAGAAGUGAGCUUGUUUUGAAUAUUUCUGUAAUAUUAGCCACUGAAACUAUCAGUCAUUCAAACUAUCCAGGAAUCUUAGGGGGACUUUUUAUGAAAUAACAGCUGAUUAACCUACUAAUGUUUGAAGUUUAUCCAUGCUUUUCGGAUAAAAGAUUACAGCAGAUUAUAUAUAUAUACCGAUUUUGAACAAGAAUAUUGAAUUAUCUUCCCCUUUACUUAAUUUACAUAUCAGGAUGAAUGCAACAACUUAGAAAAGAAAUAUCAGGGUCAAACCUUAAUUAAUGAUGACAAUUUUAUCAAAAUGCAUUUUGUAUUUUAUUAAGACUGUGGGUUGAUAGUGUUGAAUUGAUUAUGUUAUUUUUAUUUGCAUAUAUAUAGCUGGAGUAUUUUUUCUCGAAUUAACCUAUGUGGUUUCUACAAUUUUGAUCAAAGAAUGUGAUUUUUUUUUUAGAAAUAGAAGUGAAAGUAGAAAUAUAACAUCUUAUAUGAUAUUAAAAAUUAUUUCAAAUAUUAUAAAAAGUUUGAAAAUCACUGAUUAGCAGAAAAGAGCGCAACACAUGGUUAAGGCCUAAAUGAAAAUUCUAAUGUUUGGGGUUUCCUUUCUUACUAUUUUUUUAUGCCUUAAAAAAAAUUAUUUCAACUUUUGGUAAUCAGUAAUGAUGACAAAUUGCUGGUUGUCCCAGAUACUCCAGGAACAAAAUUGAUAAAAAGAAAUUAAAUAUUUCUUCAGGAGGAAACCCUUAUCACAUAUAAUUUUUAAUUUGGCCUAAAUAUUACUUAAGGUGCAUAUAUGAAUGUAAAAAUACUGGUUUUUGAAUUAAUUGAUAGAUUUCUUGUUUUAUUUUCUAGUUUAAAAGAUAAAGGAAAGUUAUUUGAUGUGAAAUGAUAAAGUAAAAAUGCAUUUUGCACAUUCAUCUUAGUUCUUGUUGUUAGUCUGAAUUUUGGAACAGUGAGCUUAUCUUGAAAUCUUCUCUUACUUUUCAUGUGAAUUUAAAGAAGAUUACAUUAUUUGAUGACCCUAUUAGUUUUACUAGAUUUUCUUGAUUUUUCUGAUAAUGAUUAGAUUGUCUAUCGUAGAAACUGGGAAAAAAAUACUUUGAAAACAGUUUUGAAUUAAUGAAAGGAAAAAGUUGUGAAAUGUAAGAUGAAAAUUUGACCGAUUUGCAUUUUUUAUUUCUAAAUUCAGACAUUUACAUCAAGAAUUUUUUCAUAUUUGUUUCAUAUCACAACAUCGUUGUGUUUUAAUCAGUAUUAUGAUAGUAGAUAUUAUUUUAUACAAGUGCUAUUUAUAUGUUUAAAAAAUUGUAAUUUGAACAGUUUUUAUGUUCAAAGGAAGUGAAAUUGAAUUAAGGGGAGUUAACUUGAAUUUACAAGGGGAAUAACUCUUGUUAACAAAAAUUCCAAUUUUUUGUAGUAAAUUUUUUAAAUUAUUUAUUAGUAGUCGAGAGAGAUCUUUUAAAGAAGAUAUGUACAUUUAUUAAGUAAUUACUAAAUGGAUAACCUGAUAGAUAUGUAUAUUCCAAAGAAAACUUUCUAUAUUUCCAUGAAAGCAUGUAACAAAACACAUCUUUUGAACAUCUGAACAGUUUAAAUUACAAAUAAGAGUGGUUCCUUAGUUUGCUUUACAAAGAGUACAUAAUUACCUUUAUCUAUGAUAGUGUUGAAUUAUGUCCCUUUAUUUCUAAUUAUAAUCCAGUUAUUUUUAUGGGUUUUUUACAAUGUAUUUAUAGAAACAGAUCCCAGACAUAAUGUUUUGAAUUAUUAUGUUUCGUGAUUAAUUUGGAGUAUGCCACUUUUGAUAUUUUAAGGCCAUAUAAUGGAUUCUUAGAUUCAAUUGUAUCUUUUAUAAGAUUUAGGGAAAUUAGUAAUCUCUCAAUUUCUUUUCAGUUGCUUGUUCUCGGUAAUACAAUUCAAUACUUUUCACCAAAAAGUUUAGAAAUUCUUUUUUACAAUGCAACUAUCUCUUAAAAAAUCACGAUUGGUGAGGAUGAAAAUCUAGGAGAUAAAGUUAUCUGGCCUUAAAAAUGGAACCCUUCGAGUUUUGAUCUGGAUAGUAUCUUUAUUUCAAGUGCCUUAGUAUUGACCCAUUUCAACGACACAUUUUUGUUUUUAUUUUUCGUUUCACUGUACAAAGGGAGAUAAUCCAGUUUAUUUAUGGUAGAAAUUUUAGAUAGAACAUGUUUGUAAAUAAGAAAUACUUAAUCAUACUGUUGUGAAAUCAAAAUAUCAAAAAAGCAAAAGCCUGUCAUGUUGUGUGAGUGUUAUAUGAAGAAAUAUGCUUAAUUCUUAGCAAAGAAUAUACACAGAAUAUCAAAUCAUAUCAAUUCAGUUUUGUUUUUCUUACUGAUUAAACAGCUUUAAGAUUUUUGGCAGGGGUCAUCAAAGGUCAUUUAAAGGUGGUGCUCCUACAUCUUUGAAAUUUUAAAAACCACCAUGUGAUUUCCUAGUUUAAAAUGAAUUGAAAAUUUGUAUUGUUCGAAAAGACCAAAAUCAUGAAAAUCGUGACAAAAAUAUACACUUUGUUGACGUAAAUUAAAUAUUAUUGUCAAUUAUACAAGUCAUUGACACAGACAAAUUAUUCUAAACAUGUCAAUUUAAUUCUUAAAAAUAAGAUAAUUUGAACAGUUCAUGAUUUCUGUGGGCAAAAAAUAACAUUCUGUUUGUAUUUACAAAUAAUCACACAUGGGCAAUUAUUGAAGGCAUUUAUUAUAAGUGCUAAGUGCUCAAUAACUUGUUUGUAAAGUUUCCCGGUGAAUAUAUAACGUAUUUAUGCAGUGUAUAGGUUUAUUUUUGAUGAUUGAAAAAAGAGUGAAAUGAACAAUUGUAAACAAACAAUUUUUUAAGCCAUUUUUGUAAAAAAAUUUACACAGUAUUAGAUUGAUCUUGAAAGUUUUGAAUUAAGAUAUAUUUGAUUAAUGUUUUUAGCUUUGAUAUGAAAAGGAGCAAAAAAUCAAACAACUAACAUACAGUUAUCUAUCUUCAAUUUCUUAGGUGGCAUUUAUUGUAUUUAUCAUUCCAAAGUUCAGAGGUCAGUUGUAAAUUGUUUUAAUGUCGUAAGGGACCCAUGAAAACUCUUUGAAAUCAUGUGCAAUUUUGUGAUAUGUAUAUGUAAGAGCCUUAUCAUGUUUGGUACAUAUAAUGUACAUUUGUUUUCAUCAUUUCACAUUCAGACAUUGUAAUUACCUCCCCUUAUUCAGACAGUAGUUACCUCCCUUUUGUGUUUUCCUUUUUAUUCAAACAACAAAUAUCAGUCUAUCCAAAGUUAUUUAUACUUUAAAUACACAUCAAUAUUAGAAUGUUUUUAUCAGCUUUAAAACAUUAAAAGUUUGCAUUAUAAUUUAGAAUACAUGUUUUGUAUUUAAAUUUUGCUAUUAAUGAAAAUAUGUAUGGUUUUUUUCCCAUUAUUCUGUGAGAUUUUUCUAGCAUUCUGAUUUUAGAAUACAACAUAUAUGUUUUAAUUAUUUUAAUAUCUUAUGACACCUUAAACUAAUCAAUGAUUACAUUUGUUGCCAGAUUGUCAUAGAUUUUACAGCUAAUUCUCUUAUGAAGAUCAAUGUUUUCAAUAAAGGAUGCUGUCAGAGUUGUGACAACUAGGUACCCCUGUAAGAGGCCAUGCAAAUGUUUGUCAUAGAUUUUACUGCCAAUACACCUAAUCGCUAUUUAUUCCAUUCCGGAUAAGUUCUAAAAUUACACAACUUUUUCAUCAAGUUGAAGCUAUCUGUGGCCCUGUUUAAACAAUGCACCAUGCAUGAUACUUUUUAAUGAGAUCUGUUUAAAACAUUGUAAAUACUUCAAACAAAAUAUUUUUUGACUAUAAUUUGAGUUUCGAAAAAGUGGAUCAUAAUCUAUCAAAGUUUCGUAUUGAUUGCUUUCUUAAUUUUUCCCUCCCUCAGCUCGUUACUGGUGACCUUUGUUGUUUACCUGUUCAAGGCCUGUUGACCCAAACAGGAAGUUGUCUAAAUGACUGUUUUUCCGGAUUGGACUAAAUAGCAAUAAGGUGUAUUCUUUUCUAGAUCAGAUUUUUAACAGUGACAUUAUCACUAAUUUAGUUAGAAUUCAAAUACAAACCAGAUAUUCAUUAAGUUUAUUAUUUCAAUGCUAGAUGAAAUUUUCAAAUAUAAACACUCUUAGUUAAAUGGUCAGAUUUGCUCUAAACUAUAGAGUUCAUUAAUGCAAUUUAUUAUAUAAACUCAACCAUAAAUGAGACAGCAACUGAGAAAUAAGAUGAAUAGAAUUUAUUAUCAAACUAUAUUAUUAAUUCCUGUAGAAAGAAAGAACUAUUAGCACAAAAUUUCAAAAAAAUAUUGCUAGUUGAAAAUUCAGGUAGAAAAGAGUCUUACAUGUAACUUAUUAAAAGAAUACUAUACAUUUAGACACUUUCAAGGUAGUAGGCAAUCAUGAUCAGUGUAUAUCAGUUGAAACACAUUCAAUUGUGUAAUCAUGAUCAGUGUACGUCGAUUGAAACUGAUUCAAUUGUGUUAAAGGUUUCCCCGUAGUUAUUUAUUAGAGCUAUUUUCCUAAUGCUUGUAGUUUAAAGGUUUGGUUGGCUUGCUUGCUUGCUUUGUUUGUAUAAAUGUUUGCUGAAGCAUUGUAAUUAAGAUUGACAUCUGCAAUCAAUAGAUAGGCGGGGUUCAGUUUGUAAACAUUAUACUCUGCAUUAUAUUUAACAUCCAAUAAUAUUGUAAGUAUAAUGUAUACAAGCUGAAGCCCCACCUAUCUAUUGAUUGCAGAUGUCAAUCUUAAUUACAAUGCUUGAGCAAACAUUUAUACUAACAAAGAAAGCAAGCCAACCAAACCGUUAAACUACAAGCAUUAGGAAAAUAGCUCUAAAACUUUCUCUGGAAUUUGUAUUGGUUACAACUGAUAACAUUGAGCAUGUCUGUGUAAUAUCUUACAAUGAUCUAUUUUCUACAAAACUGUAAAUUUUAAAAUAAUUACAAGCAUUUAUUAUUGCAAUUUUGACAGGACCAAUCACAAUUCCAGACUAAUUAUUGGGAUUUAAAAAAAAAAGAGCUACAAA